UUUAUUUUUUACAGAUAUGGGUAUGUUCAAGAAGAAGAUGUUUACAUUCGUAUGCUUUGUGGCAAUAUUUCUGACAUUUUACAUACUUUAUUUACAAAUUCGAAAACCAGAUUAUAAACAAGAAACCAAGAUAAAAAUAGUUGGUGCAUAUAUUAAGUCUGGAAUAAUCAAGCCUUCUCCAUUACACCAUAGUAAUUGUGAUAGCGAGGAAGUGUUUCUAUUAAUUAUGAUUCCAAGUGCUGUGAAUAACUUUGAACAAAGAAACGCAAUAAGAAGUACCUGGGGCAACAGUUCAAUGGUUCAAUAUUCGGUGCUGAUAAAAUUUGUCUUAGGAACAACCAGUAAUGGGACACUUCAAGACAUUGCAGAAACGGAAAAUCAAAUCUAUAAUGACAUCUUAUUCGAAGACAUAUCAGAAACAUAUGAAAAUCUCCUAUGGAAAUCAACUGCUAUCUUGCGUUGGGUGUCUCGGUAUUGUUUCCGAGUUCGAUAUCUCCUAAAAAUAGACGAUGAUAUGUUUUUAAACCUUCCAAGACUUCUGAAUGAACUCGAAAAACAUUCUUAUACCAAUACAAUAUUGGGAUGUAAGGUCAGUCAUUCCUCUCCAUUCAGAUACCCGUAUUCAAAAUGGGUAGUAUCCAGGGAACAGUAUCAUAAAGACUAUUUCCCGGACUAUAUAGCAGGGACUGCUUAUCUUAUCACCGGUGAUAUAAUCCAAAAACUUUACCUUGCCACUCAAAAAGUUCCAUAUUUCAAAUUUGAAGACGUUUACAUUACUGGACUUUGUAGAGAACACGUUGGAGCUAUUGCAAAGGAACAUACUGGAAUCAGCUGUGGAUAUCGCGAUAAAGGACCGUGUGGCAAAAAUUUUAGAUACGAAAUAACUGGACACCACUAUAGUCCAUCAGAAAUUAAAAGGAUGUGGGGUGAACUUCAGGACCGAUGGUCUAAUUGUCGGUUUAUUGACCAAUAUUUCAUUUAUAAAAUUGUUGACCUUAUCAGUUUUAUUUCUAAUUAAAAAUUAUAAUUUCACCUACACUUUGCAGGUCGAUUG